AUGGAUUCCGUAGCUGAAAGCCAGAGAACUCUGUAUCCGUAUGUAACUGGAUCCUCUGUCGUUGCUAUCAAAUUCAAAGAUGGGAUUCUUAUGGCCGCUGAUAUGGGAGGUUCGUAUGGAUCUACGCUGCGUUACAAGAGUGUUGAGCGUUUGAAGCCUAUUGGAAAGCACUCCCUUCUCGGUGCUAGUGGGGAAAUAAGUGACUUUCAGGAGAUUAUGCGCUACCUUGAUGAGCUUAUCCUUAAUGACAACAUGUGGGAUGAUGGGAAUUCUUUGGGGCCUAAGGAGGUGCACAACUAUUUAACUCGGGUGAUGUAUAAUAGGCGUAACAAGUUCAAUCCAUUGUGGAACUCACUUGUUCUCGGUGGUAUUAAAAAGGGGCAGAAGUACCUUGGCACGGUUAAUAUGAUUGGCAUUAAUUACGAAGACAACCAUGUGGCAACUGGGCUUGGAAAUCAUCUUGCUAGGCCAAUUCUCCGCGAUGAGUGGAAUGAAAACUUGUCAUUUGAAGAAGGUGUCAGGUUACUUGAAAAAUGCAUGCGAGUGCUUUUAUACCGUGAUAGGUCUGCUGUCAACAAGAUUCAGAUAUCUAGAAUUACUGAAGAAGGUGCUACUGUUUUCCCACCAUACUCUUUGAAAACAUACUGGGAGUUUUCGGCCUUCAAGAAUCCAACAGUUGGUGCCGAAGGUUCAUGGUAA